AGGCGUAUUCCGGGAGCCGAUCUCGCCCCCGUGACCUCAGAGGUAUACUUCCGGGACACGGAAAUGACCCGUCGCCCCGCCUUCUCCCAAUCUCUCUUUCCGGUGGCGGAGUCCAGAGACGACGAGCAGAAAUGGCACCUCGCAAGGGAAAGGAAAAGAAGGAAGAACAGGUCAUCAGCCUUGGACCUCAGGUGGCUGAAGGAGAGAAUGUAUUUGGUGUCUGCCACAUCUUUGCAUCCUUCAAUGACACCUUUGUCCACGUCACUGAUCUUUCUGGCAAGGAAACCAUCUGUCGUGUGACUGGUGGAAUGAAGGUGAAAGCUGACAGAGAUGAAUCUUCUCCAUAUGCUGCCAUGUUGGCUGCUCAGGAUGUAGCCCAGAGGUGCAAGGAGCUAGGCAUCACUGCCCUACAUAUCAAGCUCCGGGCCACAGGAGGAAACAGGACCAAGACCCCUGGACCUGGGGCCCAGUCGGCUCUCAGAGCCCUUGCUCGUUCAGGAAUGAAGAUUGGGCGGAUUGAGGAUGUCACCCCUAUCCCCUCCGACAGCACCCGCAGGAAGGGGGGUCGCCGUGGUCGCCGUCUGUAACAGGACCCCUCAGAUGAUUUUCUGUUAAUAAAUACCUUUGAAACUAUU